CCCCAUGGCAUGACCACUGCGGAUGUGCGUGCCGUGGUGCCAGCGGUGCUGCCACCGGAACUGUGUCGGGAACUCUGGUUUCAACACUUGGCCUGCGCUGUACCUGGCUAUAGGCCCGGCUGCACCGCCAGCUGCCUGGCAAGUGCGCCCGGCUGGGCCUGGCCCGCACUGCUGCGGGCCAGGCAGCUGCUGAGGGAUGCGGCGGAGGAGAUCUUUGACGACUUCGGAGGUUUGUUUCCAGAGACGACGGUGACGGUGGGCUGGUUCCCCGGUGCAGGGCUACCGGUGCAUACCGACAAUUGUCAGGAUUACCUGCAGCAGCGUCACGUCACCGUGGUGGUGUGGCUCAACGAGGGCGAACGUGAUUUCCAGGGCGGGGAGUUCUUCUUUGACGACGAAAAAAACGCCAUGAGGCCGCAGGCAGGCCACGCGGCCAUCUUCGGAGCAGAUGUUCCGCACGGUCUGACAGCGGUCACAGGUGGUCUCCGGGUGUCUUUGAACGUGUGGUUCACGCGGAACCCAGAGGCUGCUGAGGACCUACGACUGCUGCAGCACCCGCCACGGGCAGCGGCCCGCGGCCCGGCGCUGUCGCUGCGUCUCUUCGGCCAGGGGCCGCAGCAGCAGUGGCGCGGCGACGAGGCCAUGGCCCGGCGGACGCUGAAAACGCUGAAGCUGCCGUGGAGGGGUGGGAUCCUGAGAAGGAGAUCAGGAGGCUGGUUUCAAUCUCUGGGUUCCAAGCGUUCAUUGGACAGCGAAGAAUCCAACAGCUUCAGUACUGCACAAAGGGCCAGACUGAUGAAAGCAGCAUUCCAACAAUUCUUUGGGAGACAGAAACAAAGAUGUUCUGGCUCCUGUUUGGCUGCCGCCAUCCGGCGUCGUGAACGGCAAGUCCGGAUCAAUCUGCCGAAGUGGCACGACUACGGCCAUUUGUCCAUGCCGCGUUUCGGCACCCUCUGCUGCCGCUGCCCAGCGAAACGUGCGAUGCUGUUGCGGCCACUGCCGGGGCUGGUGGUGCUGAAAAACCAUGGCAGCCUGCGAGGAGAGAAGGGUCGCAAGGUGGAAAGAAGGGCCGCGAGGCUCUUACAGCACCAGAACCAAGCCAUGCGUUUCGGAGAUCUGCCGAUCUGGGCCCUACGUUUGGCGAAGAGGUGUGCCCCUCCUGGCUUUCGGAAGGUGAAAUACGACCAGCUGAUUGUCAACGCUUACAAUGUGGGUGAGGGGAUCUUGCCACACAUCGAUCUGCUGAAGUUCGACGAACGUGUUUUGGGAAUCAGCCUAGCAGCCGAGGCGACCAUGAUCUUCAGGCGAGUCCGGCCUGACGCGCUGCCGGUGAAGCCAGGUGAUGAAUGUCGCCUCCCGACAGAGUCUGCGGAUGCCGUGCGCAUCACGCUGCAGCCCGGGGAUGUCUAUGGUUUGCAGGGCCCAGCGAGGUCCCAGUGGACCCACGAGAUUCUUCCCGUGAAGGCGCGACGGAUCAGUUUGACCUUCCGCCGUCUGCUGAACUCAUCCUGGAUCGGCGUCUCGAGCGACCAGGUAGAUCCUUCACCCGAGUCCAUCGAGUCCAUGACAUCCGUUGCCACGAUGGGAAAAAGCGGAUUUUUGGAUCCCGUCGCCACAGGGUCUCCAACCAUGCCCUGGCUGAUGCCGGGAGAUGAGGGCAAGCCAGUUGGGGCAAAGAAUCCCAAGCUUGCGAAGGCAACAAAAGUGUGA